AUGCCGCCCACCCCCACCACCGCCACCGGCGCCGCCGCCGCAGUCCCCGCCGUCACGCCAGAGCACGCGCCGCGGAGCUUCCCACGAGUGGUCCGCGUCAACCCGCGCAGCGACCGCUUCCCCGUGCUCGCCUUCCACCACGUCGAGCUCUGGUGCGCGGACGCCGCCUCCGCCGCCGGCCGCUUCGCCUUCGCGCUCGGCGCGCCGCUCGCCGCCCGCUCCGACCUCUCCACUGGCAACUCCGCGCACGCCUCCCUCCUGCUCCGCUCGGGCGCGCUCGCCUUCCUCUUCACCGCCCCCUACGCCCCGCCCCCGGACGACUCCGCCGCCUCCGCCUCCGCCACCGCCUCCAUCCCCUCCUUCUCCGCCCCCGCCGCGCGGGCCUUCGCCGCCGCCCACGGCCUCGCGGUGCGCGCCGUCGCCCUCCGCGUCGCCGACGCCGCCGAGGCCUUCCGCGUCAGCGUCGCCGGCGGCGCGCGCCCGGCCUUCCCCCCCGCCGACCUCGGCCACGGCUACACCCUCGCCGAGGUCGAGCUCUACGGCGACGUCGUUCUCCGCUUCAUCAGCUACCCUGACAACAACGAAACAAACCCCCCCUUCCUACCUGGCUUCUCGGCUGUCAGCAGCCCGGGGGCCGUCGACUACGGGCUGACCCGGUUCGACCACGUGGUGGGCAACGUGCCGGAGAUGGCCCCGGUCAUCGCCUACAUGAAGGGCUUCCUGGGCUUCCACGAGUUCGCCGAGUUCACCGCCGAGGACGUCGGCACCGCCGAGAGCGGGCUCAACUCCGUCGUGCUCGCCAACAACUCCGAGGCCGUGCUGCUGCCGCUCAACGAGCCCGUGCACGGCACCAAGCGCCGCAGCCAGAUUCAGACCUACCUCGACUACCACGGCGGGCCUGGCGUGCAGCACAUCGCGCUCGCCAGUAGCGACGUGCUCAGGACGCUCAGGGAGAUGCGCGCGCGCACGCCCAUGGGUGGCUUUGAGUUCAUGGCGCCGCCGCAGGCCAAGUACUACGAGGGCGUGCGGCGCAUCGCGGGGGAUGUGCUCUCGGAAGAGCAGAUCAAGGAAUGCCAGGAGCUCGGGGUGCUCGUCGACAGGGAUGACCAAGGGGUGCUGCUCCAAAUCUUCACCAAACCAGUAGGGGACAGGCCAACGUUUUUCCUGGAGAUGAUACAAAGAAUCGGGUGCAUGGAGAAGGACGAGGUCGGGCAAGAGUACCAGAAGGGUGGCUGUGGCGGGUUUGGCAAGGGCAACUUCUCCGAGCUGUUCAAGUCCAUUGAGGAUUAUGAGAAGACCCUUGAAGCCAAGCAAUCUGUUGUAGCUCAGUAAUCCUAGAUAGAAGCUGGAGUUGGAGCAACAGAUCCAGAACUUUGUAGUAUCAUGAAGCAAAACAAAAUGAACUUCUUUGUAAUAUGAGAUGUACAAUUACACCGACCUUAUCAUUAGUCAAGCCGAAGACAGAUGUAUCCUGUGUACAAUGAAUGUAAUACUAGAUGGCUAGAGAAGGCUCACACACAUGAACAUAAUGUACUGUUGACAUUGUUGUACUAUCUUGCUUGCAAGUAAAAUAAAGAAGAAUCAUACUAAGCA